CUCACUCCACUCCACUGAAACUGCCAUAUUAAAACUCACUAAUGAUCUGCUAACAGCUGAAACCAAUGGCCACUACUCCGUACUCAUCCCAACCAAUGGCCACUACUCCGUACUCAUCCCAACCAAUGGCCACUACUCCGUACUCAUCCCAACCAAUGGCCACUACACCAUACUCAUUCCAACCAAUGGCCACUACUCCAUACUCAUCCCAACCAAUGGCCACUUACUCCAUAUUAAUCCCAACCAAUGGCCACUACUCCGUACUCAUCCCAACCAAUGGCCACUACUCCAUACUCUUACUA